CGUAGAUCACAAGUCAAAGCAGCUAAACACACAGAAGUCAUGCCUCUCAAGUGGUUCCGAAACCACCGCAGCAGUAGCGCCAGCUCGGAAGACGAGGCCACCCGGUCAUCAACGGAGACCGCGGCCACCAAGCAGAAAACCAGGCGGAACAAGUCCGCCGUGACGCAGCGAUCCCGCCGGUCCCACUCGCACGGCUCCGGCCUGCGCGCCAUGUUCGGGUUGGGCGGGUCGGCGCAGCGUGAGCUCGACGCUGCUGCCGCUGUAGCGGAGGAGCAGCGCCGCAUUUCGUACCAGACCAAGAACCGACGCCGAUUCACGAUCCACGGGAUCUCCCACCCCAGCAACAUGGAAGCAGCAGGCUGGAGCUGCCACACCACGCCCGCGGGCUCCCCGCAGCCCAUGUCCCCCAGCUACGAGCACUUGAGGCACUUUGGCCUUGCGUCAGGCCGAGGCCAGCAGAUGAUCCCGCGUGCAUCUUCGUCUGAAGCUGCGCACCCGUCGAUCAUUUUCAUCGACUGCCCGCCGUAAAGGGCCUGAGCACUACACCCUCUGGACGUUCUCAAUGAGUUGGAUGGAUAUGGUGCGCGUGGCGUGCAAUGCAGUCGAGUUGUGUAAGUAAGGUGUGUAUUGUAUGAAU